AAUUAACUAAAUGAAAACCAUACAGAAAUUAUCCUGUGAACUAUAAGACAGAGACUUAAAUAAAAUUUGAAUAAAACAUUACAGAUGGUACUCAGUUUUUCUCUCACAGGCAGGACUCCAACUGUGCAGGUGGAAAAGCAACAAAAGGAACAAGACAAAGGUACAGCAGAAGAAAAUACAAGAAUCCCAAUCUCUACAUGGCGCCAAGGAUAGGAUUCAAAAUUUUUUAGAUUUUCCGUGACACAGAAAAGACCAAAAGAGACGGAGAUACAAAGGAAGAAACAAGGAGACCAUGUAGGAGACUACGGCAAUAAUCCAGGUAUCAUUUCUACAGUAUCCUCGACUGGGUCAUCAUUCAAGAACAUCUUGAACAUCUCUAGUGAUGGCAAGGUUUUUAUCUCAUGAAACAGUUCAUUCCAUCUUCAGACAGCUCUACUUGUGUGAAAAGUCUUCUUUAUACUAAACUGAACCUCAUUCCAUGUAAUUUCCACCCACAUUGCCCUUUGGAGGUACACCAGGAGGACAGGGAAGAUGAAAGACCGACUUCAAGAACUAAAGCAAAGAACAAAGGAAAUUGAGCUCUCUAGAGACAAGGAUGUGUCGACUACAGAAGCAGAGGAACAAGGGGUGUUUCUGCAGCAAGCUGUUAUUUAUGAAACAGAGCCUGUAGCUGAGAGACACCUACAUGAGAUACAAAAACUACAGGAGAGUAUUAACAACUUGACAGAUGAUGUUCAAAACUUUGGGCAGCAACAGAAAAGUCUGCUGGCUUCUAUGAGAAGGCUUAGUCUACUUAAGAGAGAGUCUAGCAUUACUAAAGAGAUAAAAGUCCAAGCAGAACACAUUAAUAGAGGUUUGGAUGAUUUAGUGAAAGAAGUUAAAAAGUCAGAGGAUGAAAACGGUCCAUCAUCAGUGGUCACAAGGAUACUUAAAUCUCAGCAUGCUGCGUUGUUCCGCCAUUUUCAGCAAACUAUGUUUAUAUACAAUGACACAAUAGCAGCAAAGCAAGAGAAGUGCAGGACAUUUAUUUUCCGUCAGCUUGAAGUUGCUGGAAAAGAAGUGCCGGAAGAAGAGGUAAAUGAUAUGCUUCAUCAAGGAAAAUGGGAAGUUUUUAAUGAAAGCUUACUUCGAGAAAUCAGUAUCACUAAAGCACAACUCUCAGAGAUGGAACAGAGACACAAAGAACUUGUUAAUUUGGAGAACCAAAUAAAGGAUUUAAGGGACCUUUUCAUUCAGAUAUCUCUUUUAGUAGAGGAACAGGGAGAAAGCAUCAACAAUAUUGAAAUGAUAGUGAAUGGCACAAAAGAGUAUGUUACCACUACUAAAGAAAAAUUUGGACUAGCUGUAAAAUACAAAAAAAGAAAUCCUUGCAGGGUGUUGUGUUGCUGGUGUUGUCCAUGCUGUGGCUCAAAAUAAAGAAGCUAUUUUAGAAAUUUCUCCAGCUUUAGAAUGAAGGAUGUCCCGUAAUUUAGUGUCUUGUAUCAUUUUUCUUCAUUUCAUAGAGCCAUUCACAUACUUUCAUCACUAUUAAGUUAUAAUUUUCCCCUUUCGCCCUUACCCACUACAGUUACAGAAAUUUCUAAAGCAAGUGACAUAA